CUAUAAAACCGCAUCCAACUGCCCAUACCAUAACGUCCCCCCAUCACUCUCUUUCUCCCUCUACAAAACUAUUCUCUCUCCUAGGGUUUCAUUUUCACACACUCACCUUUAUCAACAACAAUGGCGACAGAAGUCACUAACGGAGUCGACCACAACGGAGCUGAGAACAAGACCGUCACGUUCACGGCGGUGAAGCCGCAGUUGUUCGUGGAGGCUUCCAAAGCAAACGACGCCGUUUCCUUUUACAAAUCGGCGUUUGGUGCUGAGGAGGUGAACCGCGUCAGUUGUUCGAAGAGGAAAGCUGAUCAAGAGCUUCCGCUUCUUCUCUCGGCGGAGAUCAAGCUCGGUGAUACUAGUAUUAUCGUUUCUGACGUUUCUGAUGACUCUAACGCUUUUGUGAAAACAGUGAGUUCUGGAUUGGUGUUUUGCCUGGAGACUGUCGACGUUGAAGCUGCGGUGGAGAAGGCGGUGAAGGCUGGUGCGGUUGCCGACGGCGAGAUUAGCGAGGGUGAAGGGACGUGCUGCGGUGGGCGCGUGGGCAAGGUGAGGGAUCCCUACGGCGUCGUUUGGGCUAUCUGCACUCCUACUGCUAAGAAGGUUGCUAACGUGGAAGCUUAGAGGCCGUUGGAUCUGAAGCGGUUUUUAAUUUGCUGGUUUAACUUUAACUUUUAAUGCAUGUUUUAAAGACUGGUUGUAGUGGAUGGAUAGGAUCAUUAGUGGUAGUUAACUGGUAUUUUGAGGUUUUAAUGAGUAAUGACGAUCUUAUCUUUUAAUUAUUUGUCUUUAAAUUUGUUUA